ACAGUGAACGGGAGAUAGAUGGAGACGCAGCUGUACCUGCCAAACAAGUUACAACUUUAUCUGUUUUCUCAGCCUUUGAUGUGUUCACCAUCAGACCCGGAACUAAAGAUGAACUGGGCAUCAUUUUAUGCUGUCAUCAGCGGGGUGAACAGACACUCCACAGGCAUCGGUCGCAUCUGGCUCUCUGACCUGUUCAUUAUCCUGGUUCUGGUGGUGGUAGCGGAGAGCGUGUGGGGCGACGAGAGGUCCGGCUUCAUCUGCAACACCCAGCAGCCGGGCUGCAACAGUAUCUGCUACAACCACUUCUUCCCCAUCUCCCACAUCUGCCUCUGGGCACUCCAGCUCAUCCUGGUCUCCAUCCCUGCGCUGCUGGUGGCCAUGCACGUAGCCCACCGCCGCCACGUCGACCAGAGGCUCCACAAACUAUCCGGGCGGACCAACCCCAAAGACCUGGAGCAGAUAAAGACCCAGAAGAUGAAAAUCACAGGGGCUCUCUGUUGGACGUACGUCAUCAGCCUGUUGUUCCGUAUUGUCUUUGAGGUCACCUUUAUGUAUUUGUUUUGCAUUAUCUACCAUGGUUACAAGAUGAUCCAGCUGGUGAAGUGUGACUCGUACCCCUGUCCUAACCAGGUGGACUGCUUCGUGUCGAGGCUUCGUGUCGACUAUGGGGGCCUGGAUCCAACAGAAACUCUGCUCCUACUAACAAAACACAUAGAUUUCAAACCCGUACAAAGGGACUUAUAG